AAUCUAUUGGCGCGUAUAUUUCACGUGCGGCAAGUUACUCACGUGUUUCUGUUCCUCUGUUGGGGCGCUUGCAUCUAGUUGAGAAAAAAAGUUUAUCUCCCAACACUUUUGACUCACACUUUGGCCAAGACUCACCCUUCACUCUUCACCAUGGCAAUGUUGGAUAUGCGAAUGGACGAACUAUUCAGCGAUCCCGAUGAUCCUGAUCCGUAUGAAAAUGGAGGAAGCGAAGGAGAGGAACUUGACGUGGGGCGAGCAGGGACGAAUAAAGACGACGAAGCCGUGGAAGUUCCCGAACCUUCCCAGAAGCGAAGAGUCGCCCCCAAAUCUCGAAUUGUCAAGAAUCCUCAGCCCAAGCUGAAUGAGGAACGGUUGUGUGGGGAACGAGGGAUUUCAGCCUUGGCAGACUAUUUCAAAGAUGUGCAUUUCAAGGGGAAGAACCAUGAGAAAGAGGACUUGGAUCUCAUACUGAAGAAACUGGAACACUGGGCCCAUAGGCUCUUCCCACGAAUGGCCUUUGAUGACUGUCUGGAACGCAUUGAACAGCUUGGAACCAAGCGAGCUGUCCAAACUGCUGUUAAGAAGAUCAGGUCAGGUAUGUCCCACCCAACUUCAAGUGAAGCCCAGGAUAAUGCAAAUGUGGAUGUAUUUGAUGAGAUCUUGCAACAAACUCAAACCACUAUUUCAACCCCAUCAACCAUGGGUGACAUGACCAAUGAACAGAGGGAGAGAAUGGAACAUAACAGGCGAGUGGCUGAGGAAAAACGUCACCGGCGACUUCAGUUAGCCCUUCAGCUGCAAUCAGCACAAGACUCUGAGCCAAAUGUAAAUGAGUGUCAAGAUACUAUUGAUGGUGAACCAAGUCAAGUUGACACCAUGCAUACCAUCACAGGCCUGACUGCUUCAGUUGCAGCAAGAGAUAUAGAUCAAGAAAAUCACAAGCACCAAGGGGCAGCCUCUCUGAAAGAAAACAGUGAAGACAUUGCAUCAUCACUGGCUGAUGAUGCAGCAGUGGUAUCAGCUGAUGAUGAGAACAAUGAUUUACAAAUUGAUGAGACUGAGAAAUGUGAAUUCACUGAAUUAAACAAAUCUUAUCAAGGACUUAGUGAUUGA